AGAAGAAAAAAGAAUUUUGAUUGGAACAACUAUAGUAAUCUCUCUUGGCAUUUAUUAGCAUCAAUAUCAUUUUAUCUUGUUUGUUGCAGAGUAAUACAUUUGCCUAAAAAAAUAUGUCGAAGGAAAAGGAAAGAGAAACUCAUGUUUACACGGCCAAGCUCGCCGAACAAGCUGAACGUUAUGAUGAAAUGGUUGAGAGCAUGAAGAAAGUUGCAAAACUCGACGCUGAACUGACAGUGGAGGAAAGGAACUUGCUUUCUGUUGGUUACAAGAAUGUUAUUGGAGCUCGAAGGGCUUCGUGGCGUAUUAUGUCUUCCAUCGAGCAGAAAGAAGAGUCGAAAGGGAAUGAGAACAACGUGAAGCUGAUUAAGGGAUAUCGUCAGAAAGUCGAACAGGAGUUGUCCAAGAUUUGCCAUGAUAUUCUUGAAAUCAUAGACAAACAUCUAAUUCCAUCAUCUGGCACUGGAGAAGCUACCGUCUUUUAUUACAAAAUGAAAGGAGAUUAUUAUCGUUACCUUGCUGAGUUCAAGACUGAUCAGGAAAAGAAAGAGGCUUCUGAACAAUCAUUGAAGGGCUACGAGGCUGCUACAGCCACUGCAAACUCUGAUCUCCCUUCAACACAUCCGAUCAGGCUUGGUCUUGCUUUGAACUACUCCGUAUUCUACUAUGAGAUCAUGAAUUCUCCCGAAAGGGCUUGUCACUUGGCCAAACAAGGCUUUGAUGAGGCAAUAGCGGAGUUGGACACUUUGAGUGAAGAAUCAUACAAAGACAGUACCUUAAUCAUGCAACUGUUGAGAGACAAUCUCACACUGUGGACCUCUGAUUUGCCCGAAGACGGAGUUGAAGAGAAUUCGAAAGCUGAUGAACCGAAAGCUGCAGAACCUCCUCAAAAAGCAGCAGAAGCAACUCAAAAAACGGAAGAUCCGCCUCAAUAAAGGAAGCACGAGGAGCUACAUGACAGGCAGUAUGCUCGGGAAAUUUCUGCCCUUUCCCUCAGCUGUCUUAGAGAUGAUACCGUGUGCAUGAUUUUGCAAUGCCUCCCAUCAGAAGAAGAUGCAGUUCGUAAUUUGAUCGAUACAUUUUCAUUUCAUUCCAUUUUUUUCCCAUUUAUUUAUGUUCGUUGGUGGAGAAGUGUUAUUCAACUUGAUCUUUUUCGAAUGAGUCUUCGUCUUUUGUUAGUACCUUAAUUUUUUUUCAUUGAAGGACAAAGAAAGAGGAUUUUCUGGAAGAUUUUGAUCCAAUUCCUUCAUAUUAGUAUUACUUAUUGUAAUUGGACAAAUUUGUGCUAAUGAAGAACAAAAAUGGAUCCUAAAAAGUUAUUCCAUUUAAGUAUUCCUCCUCCUUUAUUGAGUGUUAGAUGAUAAUAAUGUAGCUGCAUAAUGUGCUCUGUGGUUCUACCAAAAAGCUUUAUUAAUAGAGCUUCUUGUCUGAUAAAAA